AUGGUAUACCCGGGUUCUCUGCUCGGGCUCUUAUUCAUAGUCCUCAUUACAGACACUCAAGCAACCUCGGUCCCUCGCCAACGCAUCAAUCUUAACAAAGGAUGGCAGUUCUGGCGAUCGGUUCCCAAUCCAGAUGGAGUCGUCUACGACCAUCUCCCAAACCAGAUCGAAAACGCCACAGUCCUUAAACCUUGGAUUCUCCCUUCUGGAAAUGAAUUUAUUACAGACAAGAGUCGUCAUCACAAACGUCCAGACGGAGAUCCGGAGAUCGACAUCCCGUUUGUUCAAAGCACGUACCAAGAUGACGACUGGGAGAGCGUCAAUCUGCCUCAUGACUGGGCCAUCAGCGGUCCUUUUUAUGAAGGGGAAAACCCUGUCAUCAGUGGAGGCAUGGGACGUUUGCCUGUUCAUGGAGUAGGCUGGUACCGCCGCAAAUUAGACAUUUCCCGCUCUCUUCGGGGCAAACGAAUCCACCUCGACAUCGACGGCGCCAUGUCUUAUGCUAUGGUCUGGCUGAAUGGGCAUCUCGUCGGUGGAUGGCCGUAUGGGUACAACUCUUUCCGUCUUGACCUUACGCCCUUCAUGGAAUACGGUGAGAACCAACUGGCUAUUCGGCUUGACAACGCCCCAGAUUCGUCCAGAUGGUAUCCUGGUGCUGGGCUUUACAGAAGCGUUUGGCUUACUGUUGGCGACCCGACGCAGGUAUCUCAGUGGGGGACAUACAUCACUGCUCGGGAUGUCUCCAAAAAGUCCGCAAUACUUGAUCUUUCCGUUCAGGUUCAGAACAAGGCGGGAAAGAGGAGAGCAAUCAGAGUAGAGACGGAUAUUUUCACAUUCGAUCCGGAAACUGGAAACCCUGGGAAAAAAGUUGGAAAAUUCCCAUCCAAGACGAUUCACCUAUCUCCGUCGGAUACCACCCGCCUCAACAGUUCCACAACCAUCACCAACCCUCGUCUUUGGGGUCCGCCGCCAUCCCAGCAGCCCAAUCUCUACGUUGCAGUUACCAGGCUCAAGGUCAAUAAUCGGGUCAUCGACGAGUACGAAACUCAAUUCGGGAUUCGAUCUCUGGAAUUCAACCCAGACAAAGGCGUCUUCGUCAAUGGUGAAAAGGUGCCCAUCCAAGGCGUCAACCAGCACUCCGACCUAGGCGCUCUAGGCAUGGCGUUCAACGUCCGAGCGGCCGAGCGACAGUUGGAAAUCCUAAAGGACAUGGGCUGCAAUUCCAUCCGGAUGUCUCACAACCCACCUGCAGUUGAGCUUCUUGACCUCACAGACAAGAUGGGAUUCCUGGUCAUCGACGAGAUCUUUGACGCUUGGGAACGCAACAAGACCGCCGCUGGUUUUCACUUGCUAUUUCCCGACUGGCAGGAGCCAGACCUCCGAGCCUUCUUAAGACGUGACAGGAAUCAUCCUUCAAUCAUCUCGUGGAGCUACGGGAACGAAGUAGGCGAGCAAUACACCGCUGAAGAAGGAGCCGCAGUAUCAAAGAUGCUUCAGGGCAUAUUAAGGGAAGAAGAUUCGACAAGACCAUCAUCAGCAUCAGAGAACUACGCAACACCCGGCAUGCCCUUCCCCCAGGUCCUCGACAUUCUCAACAUCAACUACCAAGGCGCCGGAAUCAGAAACACAGAAGCAUACUCCAACCUCCAAGGCAUCCAUACUCACCCCCUCUACCCCGACUAUCACAAAGCGUACCCGGACAAGCUCAUCCUCGGCUCCGAGACAGCGUCCACACUCAGCUCUCGCGGUGUCCACCUGUUCCCCGUCACAAACUACAGCAGCGCCCCCGUAAACGACACCUCGGGCGGCAACUCGACUCUCCAACAGGUCAGCGCCUACGAGCUCUACUCUGCGCCCUUCGGUUCAUCCCCCGACAAGGUCUUUGCAGAGCAGGACCGUAACCCGUACGUAGCUGGGGAGUUUGUCUGGACGGGGUUCGACUACAUCGGUGAGCCGACGCCUUAUUACUCUGCGAGGAGUUCGUACUCUGGCAUUGUGGAUCUGGCGGGGUUCAAGAAGGAUCGGUUCUGGCUGUAUCAGACUCGCUGGCGACCUGAUGAGCGCAUUGCUCACAUUCUGCCUCACUGGACUUGGCCUGAGCGUGUGGGCGAGGUGACGCCCGUUCAUGUAUUCUCCGAGGCUGAUGAGGCAGAGCUGUUUCUCAAUGGCCACUCGCAGGGUCGUCGAACAAGAGAUGAGCAUGCUUAUCGGUUCAGAUGGGAUGAUGUCGUUUAUAAACCUGGGGAGCUGCAUGUCGUCACUUUUAGAAACGGGGAGGAAUGGGCGAACAAUACUGUCACGACUGCACGGAAGCCGUCGAGGUUGAGAUUGACGGCGGACCGAGGGAACAUCAGAGCUGAUGGUGAGGAUUUGGCAUUCAUCACCCUUGAAGUGACGGACGACAAAGGCCUUAUGGCACCACGGGCGAAUGACGAGAUACGGUUCUCGAUCUCCGGUCCAGGGGAGGUCAUCGCAACGGACAAUGGGAAUGCGGCGGACUUCGUGGCUUUCCCAUCACAUACCAGGAGUGCAUUUAACGGCCUUGCUCUUGCUAUAGUUCGUCUAAACUCUGGGGCUGCGGGUUCGGUUACCGUUUCUGCCGAGGCGGAUGGACUGAAGGGUACCUCUGUUGUUGUUGGGCCAGUCUAG